AUGGAACCGAGCCAGCACAACCCUCCGGCCGGACACCAGGUCGUCCACGUCCGGGGCGACUCGGAGACAGACCUGGAGGCUCUCUUCAACGCCGUGAUGAACCCCCAAAAUAACGUGUCCACCUCGCUGCCUAUGAGGAUGAGAAAGCUGCCUGAUUCCUUCUUCAAACCACCCGAGCCCAAGUCCCACUCCAGACAAGCUAGCACAGAUGCGGGCACCGGCGGCACGCUCACUCCGCACCAUGUCCGCGCCCACUCUUCGCCCGCAUCCCUGCAGAUGGGCGCCGUCUCUGCAGGCUCCCUGUCUGGCAUGCCGCCAGCGGGCGCCUCUCCCCAGCACCUGAGACAGUCUUCAUACGAGAUCCCCGACGAUGUGCCUCUGCCACCGGGGUGGGAGAUGGCCAAGACCGCCUCGGGCCAGAGAUACUUCCUCAACCACAUUGAUCAGACCACCACUUGGCAGGACCCCCGCAAGGCCUUGCUCCAGAUGAACCAGGCUCCGCCACCCAGCUCCGUGCCAGUUCAGCAGCAGAACCUAAUGAACCCGGCCAGUGGUCCCCUCCCUGAAGGCUGGGAACAAGCGAUUACAUCAGAGGGUGAAAUUUACUACAUCAACCACAAGAACAAAACCACUUCCUGGCUGGACCCACGACUCGACCCCCGCUUUGCGCUGAACCAGCAGAGGAUUUCCCAGAGUGCACCUGUGAAGCAGAGUGGUCAGCUGCCCUCUGCCGCCCUCGGUGGCGUCAACCAGCUAAGGCUGCAGAAGAUGGAGAAGGAGAGGCUGAGGCUGAAACAGGAGCUGUUGAGGCAAAGACCGCAGGAGCUCGCUCUGAGGAACCAGCUUCCCACCAGCAUGGAGCAGGAUGGUGGCACCAACCCCGUGUCCUCCCCGAUGGCCCAGGACGCCCGCACCAUGACCGCCAACAGUUCAGACCCAUUCCUCAACAGCGGGACGUACCACUCCAGGGACGAGAGCACAGACAGCGGCUUGAGCAUGAGCAGCUACAGCGUCCCUCGUACUCCCGAUGACUUCCUUAACAGCGUCGACGAGAUGGACACAGGGGACCCGCUCCCGACCUCCAUGGGCACGCAGCCCAGCCGCUUCCCCGACUACCUGGACGCCAUUCCGGGCACAGACGUGGACCUUGGCACCCUGGAGGGCGAGAGCAUGGCAGUGGAAGGCGAGGAGUUGAUGCCCAGCCUGCAGGAGGCGCUGAGCUCCGACAUCAUCAACGACAUGGAGUCGGUGCUGGCGGCCACCAAGAUCGACAAGGAGAGCUUCCUCACGUGGUUAUAG